AUGUUAGAACCUACUAAGAAUUCAUGGAGUGGAAAGGGAGUGAGCAUUGUAAGUGAUGGAUGGAGUGAUCCCCAAAGGAGGCCUCUUCUUAAUUUUAUGGCUGUAACUGAAAGUGGGCCUAUGUUUUUGAAAGCUGUAGAUUGUUCAGAGGAGAUCAAAGACAAGGAUUAUGUUGCAAAGCAAAUAAGAGAUGUGAUAAGAGAAGUCGGCCUCUCAAAUGUAGUGCAGAUUGGGACUGAUAAUGCACCGGUUUGUAAAGCGGCUGGUUUAUUGAUUGAAGCUAAAUUUUCAUCUGUUUUUUGGACUCCUUGUGUUGUUCAUACUCUCAACCUUGCUUUAAAAGACAUUUGUGCAGCUAAGAAUACAAAGAAGAAAAAUUUUGUCUAUCAAGAAUGCUCAUGGAUUACUCAAAUUGCUGAAGAUGCUUCUUUUAUAAAAAAUUUUAUUGUUAAUCAUCAUAUGAGGUAUUAUAGCCACCAAUGGUUGAGAGAAGAUCCUACACGAGUUUCUCCUCAUCAAGAUAUUGAGAUCACUAAUGAGGGAGUUAAAUGCUUGAAGAGAGGCAUAGUUGAUGCAAAGUCUUCGUGGCUAAUUCACGGUGGUAAAGCAAAAUUUCUUCAACCAAUUGCUCUUAGGCUACUAGGGCAACCAUCUUCAUCUUCUUGUUGUGAAAGGAAUUGGAGCACAUAUUCUUUUAUCCAUUCCCUAAAAAGAAACAAGUUGAAGCUUAAACGUGCAGAAAAUUUAGUAUUUGUCCACACUAAUCUUCGUCUUCUUUCAAGAAAAACUCAACAAUACAAUAAAGGAGAAACUAUGAUGUGGGAUAUUGCUGGAGAUGCUUUUUCACCAAUUGAUGAAGAAAAUGGUGUUCUUGAAGUUGCUCACCUUUCUCUUGAUGAACCGGAGUUGGAAAGAAUGACUUUUUCUAAUGAUGAAGAUAUCAACCAUAUAUGA